AAAAAACAAUUAAUAGAGAAGGUAAAGGUGAAUUUUCUAUUCAAGUAUGGCAAUUCAAACAAACGAAUCCUCAUUUAUAUAUGGAAUUAUUUGAGAAAUAUGGUUGGACAGUAGAGAAUGAUAGUCAACAACCAAUUAUGUAUUUUAAGGGAAAAACAGGAAAUGCAUUAAAAGAUGAAAUUAGGCGAGGAUUUACAUCGUCAACUUAUGCAAAUAAAAUAAAACAGAAUUCACCUAUUCUUGGUCCAUUAGUUUACUCAACUAAAAAUAUAGAAUUUCAACGAAAACAAGUAGAUGAUUUUGUUUAUCGUUUAAAUGAUGUUGUUUUAAAAAUUAAACCAAGUAAUGAAUAUGCAAGUACACUUGGUGAUUAUUUAAAAUCAACACUUGGCAAAGCUAUAGUUCUUGAUCAUCAUGUUAAUCGACCUGCAUACGUUAAACGAGAUUUUGGGAAAGCACUUAAUAGAUUUUUUGAACAAAAUGAACAUGCAUCACGAAAUCCAUAUGACUGGAAUGACAAACAUUUUGAAUAUGAAAUGAAAAUACUUGAUGAUUAUGGGAUUAACCGGGAAAUGUCUGGGAAUGUAGCUCCAGA